AUGCCCAAUCCCGCGAAUGGACCAGCUCGGUAUAUUAAUUCUCAGGCCUUUCAAGUCCAUCUUAACGAGACGGGUGUCUUUUUAGCCUAUCCUUUAGAGGUACUGAAGGCAAUGAAUGGUGCCUUAGAGGAUGAACACUCGCAGGACAACCCAGAAGUCCGCGAUGCGUGGGUUCUUGGUGCCACGCAGUGGAUUUUGUGGAAUGGUCAGCAGUUGUUCAAGCUAAUGUGGUGGCGCGAUGAGCUUGGUACUCCGUCUCAGCUAGUGGGAUGUAAACGAGAUGAUGGUGGAUAUCCGGUUCCGUGGAAGGAUUGCUGGAAUGAUUGGAAACGCGGCUUUGAGUAA